UAUUAUGUGUUACACACUUGACACUUACACACUAUACGUCUAUAGUUCUAUACAGUGUAAUAUUUAAUAUUGUGUUGCCACUUGUGAGUUGUGAGACGUUUUUACUUUUACUGUGAAUUGUGAUGUGUAACUGAAUUUUCAAGUUUAAUACCUACAUUUAUUAUUUGUAAUUUAUUUUGUUUUAAAAUAUGGAUCGCUACUUAAUUUUAAAAAAGACCAACGAAAUGAGUUCUGAACCAGUAAAUACAGACAUAAGUCAACCUAGUAAUAGAAGUAACAAAUAAAAAUGAAAUGCUACCWUCUAAUGCAUUGGAUGCCAUCAGGUGUUGUGACCCAAUCAUAUUCCCUAAUAUAUUUAUGYUAUUAAAAAUUUUGUGCUGUCUCCCUGUUUCUACUUCAACAACAGAAAGGUCUUUUUCUGGCUUAAAAAGAAUAAAAACCUACCUCAGAAACAGUAUGAAAGAGGAUCGUCUCAAUGGUUUAGUGUUACUGAGUUAUUAUAGGAAUGUUGUUAUCACGCCAGAUGAAGUAUUAAAUGAAAUGGCAAAGAAGCCGAGAAAAAUUGACUUAGUGUUAUAA